CUGCCCUUUUCGCUGCUCUCCGAGGCAACGGACGAUACCGAUACUUCACCGACUUCACGUUUUUUAAAAGCGUUUUUGUUGUUGUUGUUGAUGUAUAUUUUUGAGUUAAUCUGGCUGGGUAAAAAGUUCGAGUAGAGCAAUAAAGGAGGAUCAACAUGAGUUAGAGUCCACCCCCGCGUCCGGCCAGUGUUUUGAUGAAGUGAGACGGACUGCUUGAGCGCACCCUAGAGUGGCCAUGAGGCACUGGAGGAAAUGUCAGCUGAGCGCUAAUUUUUUGCUGGUUCUAAUCAGCCAAUCAUUUGGAACAUUAGAUCCUGCAAUAAGUAGUGUUGGUGCUGUGCAAAGGAAUUGUUCUGACAGUGAAUACUGGAAUCCUGCGGGCUUCUGUUGUGAUAGAUGUCAUCCAGGGUUUAAGCUGAAAAAGGUAUGCCCUAAAUCGGGCACAAGGUCCACAUGUGUGCCAUGCGAGGAUGAGACAUACAUCGAUUCAUCAAACAAUUCUGAAAAUUGCUUCACUUGUCAGAACUGCAAAAAACCCCAUGCAGUGGUGAAAUCACAAUGUAAGAGGCACAGCAAUAGUGUAUGCGAGUGUAAGCCUGGAUACUACAUGAAGAUAAUAGACGAGCCUGUUUCUUUGACAUGGGAAUGUGCUCGCUGUAGCAAGUGUGGACCUAAUCAGUUGAGAACUGGAGAAUGUGUUGGGCGAAAUAAUACCAAGUGUCAAUGCAAAGAAAAACAUUACCCUGUUGACAAAUUCUCCUGCAAGCCAUGUGUUGAAUGUCGUACAGAUGGCUGUGAAUACUUGUGCACCUCCAGCACUCCACCUAAUGCUCUUAGAUCUGUCAACCCAACUAAACCUACCAACACGUUGCCUGAGAUACUGGUCCCUGUUUGCGCAUGUAUCACGUUUCUAGCAGUGGGAGUGUUUAUGGUAUACGAGGGCAUCAGGCUUUGGAGGAAGAGACAACGGGCUUUGUCGCCCCAGCUAUCAUUACCUGAUGCUGAGGUGAAGUCUGAAGACAAGCCGAUGAUUGUCACAGUGUCACCAGACACAAACCAACCAUGUGAAACUGAACAGUGCAGAGAACUUCCAGACUGUGUCCCAAGAGAGAUCAAAACUCACGAGUUCUUCUAUUUUGUGUUGGACGAGGUCCCUGUUGGACGAUUUAGAGAACUUGUAAGGAGACUUGGCGUUUCUGAGCAGGAAAUUGAAAGGGCAGAACGAGACCACCGGUCCUUCAAAGAUGCCCAGUACCAGAUGCUGAAGGUUUGGAGUGGGAGUGGAGGAGGGAACAACAUUUUGUCAUGUCACCUCAUCCAGAUUUUUAUAGACAUACUAAAAACCAUGUAUUUAGCUGGCUGUGCGGAUAGCAUUGAGAGCAAGUUCCUUUCACAGGACAGAAGCUGUUCACACUGAGGCCACUGAAGGUGAAUGGAGAAAACGGCAUUAAAAGAGAUAUUAAAUAAAUAGUUCAUCCAAAUAUGAACAGUCUGUCUGCAUUUACUCACCUUCAUGUCACUACAAACCUGUAUGACUUUCUUUCAUCUGCAGAACACAAAAGGAAAAUUAUGAAAAAUAUCCUUUUCCCUCUUUUCAAUACUAUGGCAAUGGAAAGUGAUUCCACUUUUGAGCUUCAAAAAGGACCCCAAAGGAUCAUAAAAGUAGUCCAUGUGACUUUAUUCACUCUGCAUUAUUCAGUCAUUAUUUAGUAAAAAGCUUAACUUUCAUCGCAUGUUCAUUCAUGAGAGUGCGUUAGACACUCAUACUGUCUCGAGUGUUCACACUCUCAAUGCAAGUUUGCAUGGACUACUUUUAUGACAGUUUUGCAUCCUUUUUUAUGCUUGAAAGUGGAAUCACCUUCCACGGCCAUUGUAAAAAAAAUAAAUAAAAAAAAGAAGAAACCAGGAUAUACUUUAAAAUGUUUCCUUUUUGUGUUCCACAUGAGGCUUCAUCUUAAUCUUAGGUUUAAGUAUUCCUUUAAAUGUUCACUAAAUACCAUUAGAUUUUUUUUUAGAGUAGAGGUGUAAUUAUAGCUGUAUUAUAACACCAGGUUAUAUUUCCAGUUGCAUCAGAGAUUUCACACUAAAGUUUUUCCUUUUUUUUUUGUGCUGUUGUUUAUGAACAUACCAUAGUUCUAUGUUGAUGUUGAUGUGUGCAUUAGCAUCACGGCUUUUAUAUGAGUGCUGUAAUAGCUUGUAUAUCUGAACGAGGAUGGUGGUGUGUAGUUUUAUGUUGGUUUGAUUGUGUGAUUGUAGGAAUGGAUGUCUGACUCUUGAAAGAUGUUCCUCAUAUGUGUAAUGUUUUCCAGUUCUCCUUUGAAUAUAAUAGUGAAAAUAAAAGGAAAAUUAAAUAAAAAAUCA